AUGGUUACUGGUGCUGGGCGGGAAAUUAUCGUCGUCGCCGAAUAAUUGGCGGGAAAUUUCGCCUGGCAACGCCCGAGAAAACCAUAUUUCUCUCAAACACAUAUAAACAUUACCCCGCCAUUUUCAAUAUAUUUACAUUUGCUUGACCAAAAGUAGUUUUUAGGUACUCCGCUUCCUUCCGGUACCCAUUCUUCUCUGUUUUCCAUUUCGACUCCUUCGCCGCCUGAGUCCGAUCCACGAAACCCUUGAUCCGAGAAUCGAUGGCGAAGAUCUCCAAUUCCGAGGCCUCCUCCGACGAAGCCCCGUCGAAUGUUUCAGUCUCUUCGGAGGAAGAGCAGAAGGACGAAGAGAUCAACGUAGAGGACGAGGAAGAGCUCGAGUCCGUCGGGAGGACGACUGGCUCUGACGACGACGAAGCAGGGGAGGACAAUUCAGAGACCGAAAAUGAGGUCGGAGGUGAUGCGAAGAGCGAAGAGGACGAGGAUGAGGAUGAUGAGGCUGGAAACACUUCGGCUAGUGCUGAAGUUGGACAGCGUGAAAGGGCCAGGUUGAGAGAACUGCAAAGGCUGAAGAAGGAAAAAGUCCAGGAAAUAUUGGAUGCUCAAAAUGCUGCUAUUGAUGCGGACAUGAACAACAAAGGAAAAGGCCGUUUGAAGUAUUUACUACAGCAGACAGAGAUAUUUGCACAUUUUGCCAAAGGAAAUCAAUCUGCAUCUCAAAAGAAACCGAGGGGAAGGGGUCGCCAUGCAUCCAAGGUAACGGAAGAAGAAGAAGACGAAGAAUGUCUUAAGGAGGAAGAGGAUGCUUUUUCUGGUGCUGGAAAUACACGAUUGGUGACACAACCUUCAUGCAUUCAAGGGAAGUUGAGGGAUUACCAGCUGGCUGGAUUAAACUGGCUGAUACGGCUUUAUGAGAAUGGCAUAAAUGGAAUCCUUGCAGAUGAGAUGGGUCUUGGAAAAACACUGCAAACAAUCUCUCUACUGGGUUAUUUGCAUGAGUUUAGAGGAAUCACUGGUCCUCAUAUGGUUGUUUCACCAAAAUCUACUCUUGGCAACUGGAUGAAGGAGAUUCGGCGCUUUUGUCCAGUUCUUCGUGCAGUAAAAUUUCUAGGAAAUCCAGAUGAAAGAAAGCAUAUACGUGAGAACCUAUUGAUUGCUGGCAAGUUUGAUGUUUGUGUUACUAGUUUUGAAAUGGCCAUCAAAGAAAAAAGUACUUUACGUCGCUUUAGCUGGCGCUAUGUUAUUAUUGAUGAGGCCCAUCGAAUCAAGAAUGAGAAUUCACUUCUCUCAAAAACAAUGAGACUCUAUAACACAAAUUACCGUCUUCUAAUCACGGGGACACCACUUCAGAACAAUCUCCAUGAGCUUUGGUCUCUUCUUAACUUUUUGCUCCCGGAGAUAUUUAGUUCUUCUGAAACCUUUGAUGAGUGGUUCCAAAUAUCUGGUGAAAAUGACCAGCAGGAGGUUGUUCAACAGCUUCACAAGGUCCUCCGUCCAUUUCUCCUCCGAAGGUUGAAGUCAGACGUUGAGAAAGGCUUGCCCCCAAAGAAGGAAACAAUACUUAAAGUAGGGAUGUCCCAAUUGCAGAAGCAGUUCUAUCGGGCUUUAUUGCAAAAAGACUUAGAGGUUGUUAAUGCUGGUGGAGAGCGUAAGCGUCUUCUGAAUAUAGCAAUGCAAUUGCGUAAAUGUUGUAAUCACCCAUACCUUUUCCAAGGUGCAGAACCUGGCCCACCUUACACCACAGGAGAACAUCUUAUCACAAAUGCAGGUAAAAUGGUUCUUUUGGACAAGUUGUUAUCAAAGCUAAAAGAACGUGACUCAAGGGUUCUAAUAUUUUCACAGAUGACAAGGCUGCUAGACAUUCUGGAAGACUAUUUAAUGUUCCGGGGGUAUCAGUACUGUCGGAUUGAUGGAAAUACUAGUGGAGAAGAUCGUGAUGCUUCCAUAGAGGCCUUCAACCAACCAGGAAGCGAGAAGUUUAUCUUCUUAUUGUCAACCAGAGCAGGUGGCCUUGGUAUUAAUCUUGCCACUGCAGAUGUGGUCAUUCUAUAUGACAGUGAUUGGAACCCACAAGUGGAUUUGCAAGCACAGGACCGUGCCCAUAGGAUUGGUCAAAAGAAAGAGGUCCAAGUGUUUCGCUUCUGCACAGAGUACACCAUAGAGGAGAAAGUCAUUGAGAGGGCAUAUAAAAAGCUUGCACUUGAUGCUUUAGUGAUUCAACAAGGGCGGUUAGCUGAACAAAAAACUGUUAACAAGGAUGAACUCUUGCAAAUGGUGAGAUUUGGCGCUGAAAUGGUAUUCAGUUCCAAGGAUAGCACAAUCACAGAUGAGGAUAUUGAUAGAAUCAUAGCUAAAGGAGAGGAGGCAACAGCAGAACUAGAUGCCAAGAUGAAGAAAUUUACAGAAGACGCUAUCAAGUUUAAAAUGGAUGAUACUGCUGAGCUAUAUGAUUUUGAUGAUGGCAAGGAUGAGAACAAGUUAGACUUCAAGAAGCUUGUUAGUGAAAACUGGAUUGAGCCACCAAAGCGAGAGCGUAAGCGCAAUUACUCAGAAUCUGAGUACUUCAAGCAAGCAUUGCGUCAGGGUGGUCCAGCAAAACCAAGAGAACCACGAAUUCCUCGUAUGCCUCAGUUGCAUGACUUCCAGUUCUUCAACACACAAAGGCUAAGUGAGCUUUAUGAGAAGGAAGUUCGCUAUCUCAUGCAAACACAUCAAAAGAAUCAGUUGAAGGAUACUAUUGGUGAUGGGGAUGAGCCUGAGGAUGUUGGGGAGCCCUUGACUACAGAAGAACAAGAAGAGAAAGAACAGCUAUUAGAACAGGGAUUUUCAACAUGGACUAGGAGAGAUUUCAAUACUUUUAUCCGGGCUUGCGAGAAGUAUGGUCGGAAUGACAUAAAAAGUAUUGCUUCUGAGAUAGAAGGCAAGACAGAACAGGAAGUUGAAAGAUAUGCCAAAGUCUUUAAAGAAAGAUACAAGGAGCUAAAUGAUUAUGACAGGAUUAUCAAGAACAUUGAAAGAGGGGAGGCAAGAAUAUCUCGGAAAGAUGAGAUUAUGAAAGCUAUUGGGAAGAAGCUAGACCGCUACAAGAAUCCAUGGUUGGAACUGAAGAUUCAGUAUGGUCAGAACAAGGGGAAGCUGUAUAAUGAAGAGUGUGAUCGUUUCUUGUUAUGCAUGGUUCACAAGCUUGGGUAUGGGAACUGGGAUGAGCUGAAAGCAGCUUUCCGCACCUCUCCCCUAUUCCGUUUUGAUUGGUUUAUAAAAUCUCGUACUACUCAAGAACUUGCACGGCGCUGUGAUACUCUCAUUCGGUUGGUAGAGAGGGAAAAUCAAGAAUUUGAUGAGAGGGAGAGACAAGCACGGAAAGAUAAAAAGCAUGCCAAGAACAUGACACCAUCAAAACGGGCCAUGGCUAGAUCGGUGUCUGAGAGUCCAACAUCAGCAUUAAAGAAAAGGAAGCAGUCAGUGAUGGAUGACUAUCUAGGCUCAGGAAGGAGGAGGAAAUGAUUUUUUACAGGAACCCUACCUCCAUCCAGAUUGUUUACAGUAUAUUUUACAUACAGAACAUGCAACAAAUAGGAUUUUACGCGAAAAGCAGUGAUGGGAGGUUCACAUGAAGAGCCCAGCCCUCAUUUUUUGCUUCUUUUUUGUAGAUUGUGGUCGCAACCCAAUUUUGUGGCAGGCCAUCUUUUAGUUAAUGGGUGGGUAUUUGCAUUAGCCUGUUGUACAAAUGAUCCAUUCCUUCUAUGUAAUUAAUCUACCCAAUUAUCUUGCUGCAUGCAGCUGGAAUCAAGGCCCUUUUUGGCAAUGCUCCCA